GGGAGCAAUGGCACGGGGAAGUCUGGGUCUCCUCCUGCUCCUCAGCGCGCUGGCCGGCCGGUGCAGCAGCCGAGCUGAGCAGCAGCAGCAGCAGACGCCGCCGCCGCAGCGAAGAGGAUUAUUUCCAGCAGUGCUGAACCUGGCUGCCAAUGCUAUCAUCACAACCAAUGCUACCUGUGGAGAAAAAGGCUCCGAAAUGUAUUGCAAACUUGUCGAACAUGUACCUGGACAACCAGCAAGAAACCCCCCACAGUGUCGUAUUUGUGACCAGAACAGUAGGAUUCCACAUCAACGACACCCAAUAACUAAUGCAAUUGAUGGGAAGAACACUUGGUGGCAGAGUCCCAGUAUCCAAAAUGGGAUAGAAUACCAUCAUGUUACCAUUACAUUGGACCUUCAACAGGUAUUCCAGAUUGCUUAUGUUAUUGUGAAAGCAGCUAAUGCCCCUCGACCUGGGAACUGGAUUUUGGAGCGUUCACUGGAUGGUGUUAACUAUCAGCCAUGGCAGUAUUAUGCUGUAACAGACACAGAAUGCUUGACACGUUACAACAUUCAUCCGCGCAGAGGGCCUCCAUCCUAUGCAAAAGAUGAUGAAGUUAUAUGCACUUCAUUUUACUCCAAGAUCCAACCACUGGAGAAUGGAGAGAUUCACACAUCAUUGAUCAAUGGACGACCUAGUGCUGAUGAUCCUUCCCGAGUAUUGCUGGAAUUCACCUCAGCUCGCUUUAUUCGACUGAGGUUUCAGAGGAUACGGACACUGAAUGCUGAUUUAAUGAUGUUUGCACACAAAGAUCCCAGUGAAAUUGACCACAUAGUUACAAGGAGGUAUUACUAUUCUGUAAAAGAUAUAUCUGUUGGAGGCAUGUGUAUCUGUUCUGGCCAUGCAAGGGCUUGUCCUUUGGAUCCAGCAACUAACAGAUCGACUUGUCAAUGUGAGCACAACACAUGUGGAGAAAGUUGUGAUCAUUGCUGUCCCGGUUUUAAUCAAAAGCCCUGGCGAGCUGGGACAUUCCUGGUCAAAUCUGAGUGUGAAGAAUGCAAUUGUCAUGGGAAGACUAAGGAAUGUUACUAUGAUCAGAUUGUUGCAGACAGAAAUCAGAGUUUGAAUAUCCAUGGAGAAUACACUGGGGGUGGAGUGUGUAUUAAUUGUACACACAACACUGCAGGCAUAAACUGUGAGACCUGCACUGAUGGCUACUUCAGGCCGAAAGGGGUAUUACCAGAUGACCCUAACCCGUGCCGGCCAUGUUCCUGUGAUCCAGUUGGGUCUUUACAUACUACUUGUGUCAAGGAUGAGAAACAUGUGGAAGGAGGCAUGCUCCCUGGAUUCUGCAACUGCAAGACUGGCUAUGCAGGUAAAAGCUGCAGUCGAUGUGCAUUGGGUUAUAAGGGUUAUCCUGACUGCGUGAGCUGUCACUGCUCUGUGAAAGGCAGCUUGAAUGAUGACCCUUGUAUAGGAUCCUGCAUCUGCAAGGAAAAUGUUGAAGGAGAAAACUGUGAUCGUUGUAAACCAAGUUUCUUCAACCUGCAGCAAGAUAAUCCCAGAGGCUGUGAGGAGUGUUUUUGUUCAGGGAAAACAAACAUCUGUAUAGACUCUCACUGGACCUACAGCAGUGUAGGAGACAUGAAUGGCUGGUAUCUGACUGACGUACCUGGUCUCCUUCGAGUUACACCUCAGCAGGACAGUUUUGGUGGACCUCAGCGGCUUAGCAUCAGUAAUGUGGCUGCCAGAAGAGUGCUGCCGCUGAUUUAUUACUGGAGUGCACCUAGUCCUUAUUUGGGCAACAAAAUAACAGCUGCUGGAGGGCAUCUGAAAUUUACCAUCUCCUAUGAGCUCACAGGGCAGGAAGAAGCUGUUCAAACAAUACUGGAGUCUGAUAUCAUCAUAGAGGGAGCUGGCUUAAGAAUCAGCACUUCAAAGGAGGGCAUUCACCUGCAGCCAUUUGAAGAACACACUGAAGACGUUGUGCUGAAACCGGACUUAUUUACUGUGCACGGCACUGACUCCCCAGUCAGCAAAAGGGAAUUCAUGACUGUGCUGGCAAAUAUAAAGAGGCUCCUCAUAAGAGCCACAUUCAGCUAUGGGAUCGCUGCCAUCUACAGGUUGAGUGGGGUUAGCCUUGAAGCUGCUGAUCGUUAUUCAACUGGUAGGAAGGUGGCGGCUGCUGUGGAGGUUUGUCAGUGUCCUCCAGGGUAUGGUGGUACUUCCUGUGAAUCUUGUUGGCCUAGACAUAGACGAGUGAACGGCACUAUUUUCGGUGGGAUCUGUGAACCAUGCACAUGCUUUGGUCAUGCAGAAUUCUGCGAUGACAUCACAGGAGAAUGCAUGGACUGCAAGUACAAUACAGGUGGCCCAUACUGUGAUAGAUGUCUUCCUGGUUUCUAUGGCGAUCCUACUAAAGGGACAAAUGAAGACUGCCAGUUGUGUGCCUGCCCAUUAACUAUACCUUCUAACAACUUUAGCCCAACAUGUCAUUUAGACCGAAGUCAUGGAUUAAUAUGCGAUGAAUGCCCUCCUGGCUAUGCAGGACCACGCUGUGAGAGGUGCGCAGACGGCUAUUUUGGACAACCUUUAAUACCAGGAGGAUCAUGCCGGCCCUGCCAGUGUAAUGACAACCUUGACUUUUCCAUUCCUGGCAGCUGUGACAGCUUAUCUGGAGCUUGCCUGAUAUGUAAACCUGGUAUAACAGGUCAAUACUGUGAAAGGUGCGCUGAUGGAUAUUUUGGAGAUGCUCUUGAUCCAAAGAAUUGUCAAUCGUGUCAGUGCAACAUCAAUGGCUCAUUCUCAGAGAUCUGCAACUCUCAGACAGGGCAGUGUGAGUGCAAGCCCAAUGUUGUGGGGCGUCGCUGUGAUGAGUGUAAGCCCAACUAUUUGUGGGCCCCAGAAAAGCAAUUCUGCAUACCCUGUGGCUGCAGUCCUUUAAGAUCCAUGUCACUGCGCUGUGAUAUGUCGGGGAGAUGCAUCUGCAAAUCAGGAUUCAUGGGUAAACGCUGUGAGCUCAGCAGACAGAUGCAUAAACGGAAAGAAAAUCCACGGGCCACUCAGAAAAUCCAAGUCCCUUCUCAGAGAUGGGGCUUCAAUGGUACCAGCGGGUGCCCCCGGGGUGCUUACAGGCCUGUCGCUUUGCCUGGAACAUUUGGUCUACAGUCGUCUAGAGGAUGUGUUCCCUGUAACUGCAAUUCUUUUGGUUCCAAAUCCUUUGACUGUGAUGAGAACGGACAGUGCCAUUGCCAGCCUGGCGUAGCAGGAAAGAAAUGUGAUCGCUGUGUUCACGGAUUUUACAACUUUGAAGAAGGAGGGUGCACUCCUUGUGAGUGUUCUCACCUUGGUAAUAAUUGUGAUCCAGUCACUGGCCGCUGUGUGUGCCCUCCCAAUACCGUAGGAGAGAAGUGUGAUAAAUGUGCACCAAAUUACUGGGGUCAUGACAUUGUCAGUGGGUGCAAGGCCUGUGACUGCAGUGUGGUUGGAUCCCUCAGUUUCCAGUGUAACCUAGAUACAGGGUGCUGCUCCUGCCACCCUAAAUUCUCUGGGGACAAAUGCACGCAGUGCAGACCGGGAUACUGGAAAUACCCACAGUGCAUUCCCUGUGACUGCUUGCUGGCAGGGACUGAUCCUCAGACUUGCGAUGCAGAGAUGGAACAAUGUUCAUGUGUUGAUGGUACAGGGCAAUGUAGCUGCAAGGUUAACGUGGAAGGUGUCCGUUGUGACAGGUGCAGGUCUGGAAUGUUUGGACUCUAUGCCAAAAACCCACUUGGCUGCAACAGCUGCUAUUGCUUUGGCCUAACUACUCAGUGCAGUGAGGCAAAGGGGCUGAUCCGCAUGUGGCUGACCUUGAAGCCGGAACAGAUGGUUCUGCCACUGGUAGAUGAAAACCUUCAGGACAGUACUACCAGAGGGGUUGUAUUCCAGCAUCCAGAGAUAGUAGCUAACAUUGAACUGGUGAUGCAAGAUCUCCAAUCAGAACCUAUUUACUGGAAACUUCCAGAGCAGUUUGAAGGACGAAAGCUGACUGCCUAUGGAGGGAAACUGAAAUAUGCUAUCUACUUUGAAGCACGUGAGGAGACGGGUUUUGCUACCUAUAAUCCCCAGGUCAUCAUCAAAGGUGGGCCUCCCACAAGUACUAGAACUAUCAUCCGGCAUAUGGCUGCCCCUUUGAUUGGUCAGCUGACAAGACAUGAGAUAGAGAUGACAGAGCAUGAAUGGAGAUAUCAUGGUGAUGACCCAAGAGUCAGUAGUACUGUGACACGUGAGGACUUCAUGGAUGUGCUGUACAACAUUCAUUACAUUCUUAUUAAGGCUUCUCAUGGCAGUAUCAUGAGACAAAGCAGAAUUUCUGAGAUAUCGAUGGAAGUUGCUGAAGAAGGCAAUGUGUCUGGAAUGAGUCGUCAUGCUCACUUGAUUGAGAAAUGUGACUGCCCAGUGGGCUAUUCUGGCUUGUCAUGUGAGGCAUGUUCUCCAGGAUUUUACAGACUGCCUUCUAGAUCAUCUGGUAGGAGACCUGGCCCAACCCUGGGCACCUGUGCCGCAUGUCAGUGCCAUGGACAUAGUAAUAUAUGUGACCCUGAAACCUCUAUAUGUCAGAACUGCAGGCACAACACCGCUGGCGAUCAUUGUGAGAGGUGCGCAGUUGGAUUCUAUGGGAACGUUCAAGGAUCUCCAGAGAACUGCCAUCCUUGCGCGUGUCCUCUGACCAUUCCCAGCAACAACUUUAGCCCUUCUUGUGUUGCGGAAGGUCUCAGUGAUUACCGGUGUACCGCUUGCCCACCUGGAUAUGAAGGCCAGUAUUGUGAAAGAUGUUCCUCUGGCUUCUCUGGUGACCCACGAACUCCAGGAGGGUCCUGCCAAGAAUGUGAGUGUGAUCCGUAUGGUUCACUGCCUAUCCCCUGUGAUGCUGUCACCGGACAGUGCACCUGCAAACCUGAAUCCACAGGGUGGACUUGUGCAGGCUGCAAGCACCAGCAUGUGCGUGAUGGCAUGGAGUGCAUUUUUUGUGAUGAUGAAUGCAUAGGACUCCUUCUAAGAGACUUGGAUCGACUAAACCAGAUGACUCUGAGUGUCAACUUCAGUGGCCCGCUGCCUCCUCCAUAUAAAAUGCUGUAUGGCUUUGAGAACACAACACAGGAAUUAAAGCAUUUGCUAUCACCUCAGCGAGCACCAGAGAGACUCCUUCAGGUGGCACAAAAAAACCUGGAUACCCUCGUGACAGAGAUGGAUGAGCUACUGACAAGGGCUACCAAGGUGACGGCAGAUGGAGAACAAACAGGGCAGGAUGCUGAGAGGACUAAUGAGAGAGCCACGUCUCUUGGACAGUUCAUCAAGGACACACUCCAGGCUGCUGAAGCUGUAAAUGAAAAUGCUGUAAAACUGAAUGAGACACUCCAAAUCCAAGAUAAGACCCUGGAGAAAAGUCUUCAGGCUCUGCAGAGUGAUAUUGAUAGAAUGAUGAGAGAACUGAGGAGAAGAAAGUUGAACGUGCAAGAAAGGGCAGCCCAAGAUGAGUUAAAAAAUGCAGAAGCCCUUUUGAACAAAGUGAAGAAAUUAUUUGGAGAGCCCAGAGAGAAAAAUGAGGAGCUCAAGAAUGAGGUCAGGGACAAGAUGGCAGAUUACAAAAACAAGGUUGACGAUGCUCGAGACCUGCUGAGAGAAGCCAGUAGUAAAAUUAGGGAAGCCAAUCGCUUAUCUGCAAUCAACCAAAGAAACAUGACAGUGAUAGAGAAAAGGAAGCAAGCUGUAGAAAGUAGCAGACAAGAGGCUGAAAAAACACUAAAAGCGGGGAAUGACAUCUUGGAUGAAGCCUACCGUCUUGCAAAUGAAAUCAAUUUAGCUGUGGAGUAUGUAGAAAACUUGGGGGAUAAGAUACAACCAAUCACUGAUGAGCUGAAGGAUAAAAUAGACGAUCUAUCCCAAGAUAUUCAGGAUAGGAUGCUUCCAGAAAAGGUGUUGCAGGCUGAGAACCAUGCAGCCCAACUGAAUGAAUCAUCUGCAAUACUGGAUGGAAUCCUUGCUGAAGCUAAAAACCUCUCAUUCAAUGCCACUGUAGCUUUCAAGGCAUAUAGCAAUAUCAAGGACUAUAUUGACGAAGCAGAGAGAAUCGCCAGGGAGGCCAAGGCCCGUGCAAAUGAAGCUAUGCAACUGGCAUCUGGUCCUCAAGGAUCACUGAAGGAUGGUGCCAAGAACUCACUUCAGAAAAGCUUCAGGGUUCUUAAUGAGGCCAAGAAGUUAGAAAAUGAUGUUAAAGAAAAUGGGGAUAACUUGAAUAGUAUGCAGAACAAGUUGAAAAAUGCUGAUGAAAAGAAUUCUGAUCUCCUGAGAGCUUUGAAUGACACCUUUGGAAAGCUGGCAGCCAUUCCUAACGAUACAGCUGCAAAAGUGCAAGCAGCUAAAGAUAAAGCUGGACAAGCUAACACCACUGCAAAUGAUGUACUGGCUAGGAUUAAAGACCUCAACCAGAACCUCCUUGGCUUAAAAAACAACUACAGCAAAUUAGCAGAUGAUGUGGCCAAAACAAAUGCUGUUGUGAAAGAUUCCACCAAGAACAUUGCUGAUGCAGAUGCCACUGUAAAAACUCUAGAAAAAGAAGCAGAUCGGCUGCUGGAUAAGCUCAAACCAAUCAAAGAACUUCAGGAUAAUUUGGGGAAAAACAUCUCUCAGAUAAAAGAACUGAUAAACCAAGCCCGGAAACAGGCCAAUUCUAUCAAAGUCUCUGUGGCUUCUGGAGGUGACUGCAUUCGCACAUACAGACCAGAAAUAAAGAAAGGAAGCUACAACACUGUCAUUGUCAAUGUGAAGACAGCAGUAGCUGACAACCUUCUUUUUUAUCUUGGAAGUGCCAAAUUUACUGACUUCUUGGCCAUAGAGAUGCGUAAAGGCAAAGUGAACUUCUUGUGGGAUGUGGGAUCUGGCGUUGGACGAGUUGAGUAUCCAGAUCUGACCAUCGAUGAUGCAUUUUGGUACCGGAUUGAAGCCUCUAGGACUGGAAGAAAUGGCACAAUUUCAGUACAAGCUCUGGAAGGUCCCAAAGCAGCCAUCAUGCCAAGUACCUUCAGUGCAGCCUCUCCGCCUGGUUAUACUAUUCUGGAUGUAGAUGCAAAUGCUGUGUUGUUCGUUGGUGGUCUAACUGAUAAAAUUAAGAAAUCAGAUGCUGUAAGAGUCACUACCUUCACUGGCUGCAUGGGUGAAACUUACUUGGACAGCAAGCCCAUAGGACUGUGGAAUUUCAGGGACACAAAGGGUGACUGCAAAGGAUGUGCUAUCAGCCCACAGGUGCCAGACAGUGAGGGAACUGUUCAGUUUGAUGGAGAUGGUUAUGCUUUGGUGAGCCGCCCAGUUCGCUGGAACCCUAAUGUUUCUAUGGUCAUGUUCAAGUUCAAGACCUUCUCUUCCAGUGCUCUGCUGAUGUACCUUGCGACACAUGACUUGAAAGAUUUCAUGAGCAUAGAGCUCAGUGAUGGGCAUAUAAAAGUCAGCUACGAUCUAGGUUCAGGUACAACUUCUGCUAUUGGCAACCAAAACCAUAACGAUGGGAAAUGGAAAUCGUUCACCCUCUCAAGAAUCCAAAAACAAGCCAAUAUAUCAAUUGUAGACAUAGACACCAAUCAGGAAGAGAUCAUAGCAACAUCUUCUACAGGAAGCCAUUUUGGUCUCAACUUGAAAGCUGAUGAGAAAAUAUAUUUUGGUGGAUUGCCAACUCUCAGAAACCUAAGGCCUGAAGUGAACUUAAAGAAAUAUGCAGGCUGCCUCAAAGAUAUUGAAAUUUCACGAACACCAUAUAAUAUACUGAGCAGCCCUGAUUUUGUAGGCAUAACCAAAGGAUGCACGCUGGAGAACCUUUACACAGUUAGUUUCCCUAAACCAGGUUUUAUGGAACUACAGCCAGUCUCAUUUGACAUGGGUACAGAAAUCAACCUGUCCUUUAGCACCAAGAAUGAGUCUGGGGUCAUCUUAUUUGGCACAGCAGGGACACCUAUACCCCCAAGGAGAAAACGCAGACAGACUGGGCAGGCCUAUUAUGCAGUGUUCCUGAAUAAAGGUCGAUUAGAAGUGCAUAUCUCCACUGGAAUACGAGAUCCACGCAGGAUCACCGUCAGGCCUGAAUCCAGUGAUUUUCAUGACGGUAGAGCACACUCCAUCCGGAUAGAAAGAAUCAAAGGGAUGUUUACUGUUCAAGUAGAUGAAGACAAAAGCCAGACUCAGAGGCUACCUACUGAUCAGUCUAUAACUGUUAAAAAACUCUUUGUGGGAGGGACCCCGCCUCACUUUCAGGUUGCGCCUAUCAGGAACAUACCCCCUUUUGAGGGUUGCAUAUGGAAUCUUGUCAUCAAUGCCGUCCCCAUGGACUUCGCUCAGCCUGUGUCCUUCAAAAAUGCAGAUAUAGGCCAGUGUCGCACUCUGGAACCCGACAGCAGACUUCCUGAAGGAGAAGAUGAAGAUGAAGCUACCCCUGCUUCUGUCUUGAUCCAACCUGAACCUGAUGGUAAAGAGGAGAAAGAGAGCACAACUGCCACCCCCAGGUUUUCUUCCUCUCUUCCUCCACCACCAUCACCUUCACCUCCUACACAUGACACUUGUGCUGCUGAUACAGUGCCAGCUGUUUUGGAGGGUGGCAAACAAUUUGGUCUUUCAAGGAACAGUCAUAUUGCGGUAGCAUUUGAUGAUACCAAAGUGAAGAACAGGCUCACAAUUGAAUUUGAAGUCCGAACAGAGGCUGAAUCUGGCUUGCUUUUUUAUAUGGCCCGGAUCAACCAUGCUGAUUUUGCCACUGUUCAGAUAAAGAAUGGCCUGCCUUACUUCAGCUAUGACCUGGGAAGUGGGAACACCAGCACAAUGAUUCCAAACAAAAUCAAUGAUGGCCAGUGGCACAAGGUAAAAAUAUUUCGAACCAAGCAAGAAGGAAUCCUUUUAGUAGAUGGUGUUUCAAACAGGACCACCAGUCCCAAGAAGGCCGAUAUCUUGGAUGUUGUGGGAAUGCUGUAUAUUGGAGGAUUGCCCAUUAACUAUACAACACGAAGAAUCGGUCCAGUCACCUACAGCAUUGAUGGUUGCACCAGAAAUUUUAAGAUGACAGAGGCUUCUGUUGACCUGGAUAAUCCAACCUCCAGCUUCAAUGUUGGCAAAUGCUUUACCAAUGCAGAGAAAGGAACAUACUUUGGUGGAACAGGCUUUGCCAAAACAGUUGGAACAUAUAAAGUCGGAACAGACUUACUAGUGGAGUUUGAAUUCCGUACUACUCGAAUGAAUGGUGUUCUACUGGGAAUCAGCAGCCAAAAAAUGGAUGGACUCGGUAUCGAGCUGGUAGACGAAAAACUGUUGUUCCAUGUGGAUAAUGGCGCAGGCAGAUUCUCUGCCAUCUAUGAGCCUGACAAACCAGGCAGCUUGUGUGAUGGACAGUGGCACAAGGUUACUGCAAACAAGAUCAAGCACCGAUUAGAAUUAACUGUGGAUGGGAAUCAGGUGGACGGAAGCAGCCCAAAUGGAGUCUCCAGUUCUGCGGACACUAAUGAUCCUGUCUUCGUUGGAGGAUAUCCUGAUGGUCUGAACCAGUUUGGCCUGACUACAAAUAUCCGUUUUAAAGGAUGCAUUCGCUCGCUGAAGCUCACCAAAGGCACUGGUAAACCUCAAGAGAUUAGCUUCAGCAAAGCUGUGGAGCUGAAGGGAGUUCAACCUCUAUCAUGCCCUGCAAACUAACAUGAGAUCAUUCAACUUUGACAUGCAUCUGAUUGUUUUAAGUGCCUAAACUUAAAAAAAAUGUUAUAUACAGUACAUUAAUAAAAUGUCUUUGUGCAAGUAUUUUGAGUUCUGUCUGUGAUAUUUAAAUGGCUCUAUUUCAAGGUAGCUCCAAAAGAAGAUUAAAUUAGUAAUCAUUCAUUUCUUCUUUCUUUAACUGAAUAAAGCAAUACAUUACUCUAAUCUUUUGUGCUGUUUUUCUGUAGUUUGAAAUGGAAUUGUUCAGCAUAGUUUUUUGUGAGUGGGACUGUAUAAUAUGGAGAGGUGUGUCAGAGAGAGAAUGUACUUUAUAUAAAAAAAUGUGUUAAUUCAUUUCAAAAUUCAGUUUUAUUUUGGCCACUCCCAAUUUUUUAAAAAU